AUGGGUCGCGUUCGCACAAAGACCGUCAAGAAGUCCGCCAAGGUCAUCAUUGAGCGGUACUACCCCAAGCUCACCCUGGACUUCGAGACCAACAAGAGAAUCUGCGAUGAGAUCGCCAUCAUUGCCUCCAAGCGCCUGCGCAACAAGAUUGCCGGCUACACUACACACUUGAUGAAGCGUAUUCAGCGAGGACCCGUCCGUGGUAUCUCCUUCAAGCUGCAGGAGGAGGAGAGAGAGCGCAAGGAUCAAUACGUCCCCGAGGUCUCUGCUCUCGACUUCACUCAGAACUCUGAGAGCGGCCAGCUGGACGUUGACACCGAGACCAAGGACCUGCUGAAGCACCUUGGCUUCGACUCCAUCCCCGUCAACGUUGUCCCCGUUACCCAGGUCCAGCCGCAAGACCGUGGUGGCCGCCGCUUCGGUGACCGACCUCCCCGACGAGACUAA